UAUAUAACUUAUGUAACGCUAGCUAGUUAACUAGUUGGUUCAGGUGAAGUGUCGAUCUUGCUGGUCCUGUGUCAGCAGAGGGAAAUGACCCAGGGCGCUUGUCAGGCCUGUCAGUGUGGCAGCUAGGCGGGGAAAGAGAGAGAGCUCCGACUGAACGAUUAGCGACGCAGCGAGUUUGCCUUGUCUGCACAGCAGUUCAGGUGGAAAAGUGAGAAGUUUCGAGCCGAUUGAAAAGUGUCGAAAGCGACCAGUUGGGAUGUUUAUUUCGACGCAAAAUGAACGUCAAGACUUGAAGAACAGCGUGUCUCAACUUUUCCAUGUAGCGGACAUGGGGUAUUCAAGUGGAAACUGAAAAUGACCCGAGGAAAGCAAGAUAUUUGACGCAAUAGUUGGAAAACCGAAAAUCCACCCACAUAUCAACGCUGCCCCCGACGUGACUCGCACCAUUAGUUGGAGAAUGGAAGCCUUCUCCAGGCCCAGCGGCGAGAUUCAGCGCAGGAACCCGCAGCAUGACUUCGAGCUCAUUCAGAGAGUCGGGAGUGGGACGUACGGCGACGUGUAUAAGGCUCGUAACAUCUCCACAGGAGAGCUAGCAGCUGUAAAGAUCAUUAAAUUGGAGCCAGGAGAUGAUUUCUCAAUCAUCCAGCAGGAAAUUUUCAUGGUGAAAGAAUGCACUCAUCACAACAUAGUGGCCUACUUCGGUAGCUACCUCAGUCGAGAGAAGUUGUGGAUCUGUAUGGAAUACUGUGGAGGAGGCUCUCUGCAGGACAUCUACCAUGUUACAGGUCCUCUGUCUGAACUUCAGAUUGCGUAUGUGUGCAGAGAGACAUUACAGGGUCUGGGUUAUCUCCACUCUAAAGGAAAGAUGCACAGAGAUAUCAAGGGGGCGAAUAUUUUGCUCACUGACAACGGAGAUGUCAAACUAGCUGACUUUGGGGUAGCGGCAAAAAUAACAGCCACCAUCGCCAAGAGAAAAUCAUUCAUUGGCACCCCCUACUGGAUGGCGCCUGAAGUGGCAGCAGUAGAGAAGAAUGGAGGUUACAAUCAGUUGUGUGACAUCUGGGCUGUAGGAAUUACAGCAAUAGAGCUUGCUGAAUUACAGCCACCCAUGUUUGACUUGCACCCAAUGAGGGCUUUGUUCUUAAUGUCCAAAAGCAGCUUCCAGCCACCCAAAUUAAAGGACAAGAUUAAAUGGUCUACAGCCUUCCAAAACUUUAUUAAAGUUGCUCUUACCAAGAACCCGAAGAAAAGACCCACAGCAGAAAAACUGCUCACGCAUAUGUUUGUAGCUCAGACAGGUUUGACACGUAAACUUGCAGUGGAACUGCUGGAUAAAAUGAACAACCCAGACAACCAUCCUCACUACACUGAGGGAGACGAGGACGAUCUUGAGCCCCUGGCUGAGCGCCACACCAUCCGAUCAACCCACAAUAAGAACGCUCGGGCUGAGAGAACUCGCUCAGAGAUCAACUCUGCAAAUGGUAUGGACUUGACUGAAACCCCCCUCAUUCUUUGCAACUCUCAGUGCAAGAGAAAGCCAGUUGAUAAGCUGCAGUUUGAGGCUCCACUCAGGAAGGAGACAGAAGCACACUCAGAAAUGGAUGUGACCAAAGAGAGCGAUUUCUCCUCCCAGUGGAGCCCUUUUGCUGAGGGAGGAAUCUCCAGCAGGGGACAUAUGGCUCCACUGGAAGAUGCCUUUGAGGAUGUGGAGAUAUCUACCCUGAAACAUGGAGUGCCCCCACCUCUGCCUCCCAAGCCACGUCUGAACAGUGCAUCUGAUGAGCUGGGCUUGAACGAAGGAUCUUCAACAAUUAAGCGGUUCCCUGGCUCAGACAAUGGGCCAGGACUGGGGCCACGCAGACAGAGCACACCGGAAAGAGGCAGUAGGGCCGAACACACACAGCCUGAUUACCUCUCUGCCAGUGUGAGCAGCCCUGGAUUGCUCUCACAUGCCAUAGAAAACGCUCCUCUUGUAUCCAAACCCCGAGAAGAAGACUCUGAGGAUGCUGUAAAUGGGGACGGUCCUAAAUCACCACCCAGCCGUCCACAGAGAAAAGAAAGAAAAGAGUUCCCUAAGCCUGCAAUAAAUGGCCUGCCACCUACACCUAAAGUCCUGAUGGGAGCAUGCUUCUCUAAAGUGUUUGAUGGAUGUCCUCUCAAAAUUAACUGUGCCACUUCAUGGAUCCACCCAGAUACUAAGGAUCAGUACUUGAUCUUUGGGACGGAGGAUGGUAUCUACACUCUGAACCUGAAUGAGUUACAUGAAGCCACCAUGGAGCAGUUGUUUCCACGGAGAUGUACCUGGCUCUACGUCAUAAAUAAUAACCUGAUGUCAUUAUCAGAAGGUAAAACCUUUCAGCUGUAUUCUCACAACCUUAUUGGACUGUUCGAGCAACUGAAAAAACCUGGACUUGCUGCACAGUUUCAAACACACAGAUUUCCUGACAAGAUACUGCCCAGGAGAUUUGCCCUGACCACCAAAAUCCCUGACACAAAGGGCUGCCACAAGUGCUGCAUUGUGCGUAAUCCAUAUACAGGUCAUAAGUACCUGUGUGGAGCACUGCAGUAUGGCAUCGUUCUUCUACAGUGGUACGAACCCAUGCAGAGAUUCAUGCUUAUAAAGCACUUUGAUUUCCCAUUGCCAAGUCCUCUGCGUGUGUUUGAGAUGUUAGUGGUGCCAGAGCAGGAAUACCCUAUGGUCUGUGUGGCCGUCAGUCAGGGCACUGAGCCUGGCCAAGUUGUCCGCUUCGAAACCAUCAACCUCAACUCUUGUUCCUCCUGGUUCACUGAAAUUGGCUCAGCUGGUAAUCAGGUUGAUGCGAUUCAUGUCACUCAGUUGGAGAGGGACACUGUGCUUGUGUGCCUAGAUAAAAAUCUGAAGAUAGUGAAUCUGCAAGGAAAGCUCAAGUCUAAUAAAAAACUUGCUUCUGAACUCAGCUUUGACUUCUGCAUCGGCUCAGUUGUGUGUCUGCAGGACAGUGUUUUGGCUUUCUGGAAACAUGGUAUGCAGGGGAAGAGCUUCAAAUCUAAUGAGGUAACACAGGAGAUUUGUGACCCAAGCAGAGUGUUUAGACUGCUGGGAUCAGACAGGGUGGUGGUUUUGGAGAGCAGGCCCACAGAUAACCCGACGGCUCUCAGUAACCUCUACAUCCUGGCGGGCCAUGAGAACAGUUACUAGUCUGUUAUUACAUAUAUGCUGAUAGUACUCAAUGACCACUGCAGCUGCCAUUAUGGAUCCAGAGCUGCCUAACAAUGGACUCUUCUCUGGCAAUAUGCUUGGUGAGCAGAACUGUUCUUCUUUAAGAGACAGUUUAAAGGCAGUGAGUACAAUGCUCCAGAUCGUGUCUUAUUAUAUCUCUGAAAGGUUUCUCAGAGCAGCCUAAAUGCCAUGCAUCUUUUUGCCUCUGUUACUGGCUAAUGGGCCCAAACACAGCAGUGUAAUGGUUCAGAUUCCAGCAAAUGUAAUAAAUAGCAGAGCUGCCCGUAAUUAAGCAACAGGAAUAUUAAACAACGGCAAUACUGCAAACAGCCGAUAAUAUGAAGUGCCUUUCGGAGGGGACUGUUGGGUGUGCUUAACUAAACUCUUUGAGAAACAGGCCCUCCUGUGUGUCUAACUCAGUAUGCAACUAAUGCAUGUUCAGGAUGAACUUUACCAUGUUAAUUCUCAUCUAAGGCCAGAAUUAAACUUUUCAAACUGUUAUUGGGAGUAUUUACUAGGAAUGGGAUAUUCUAAGGAGAGUGAGGACUUUUGGAGCAUCAGCUAUUUAAAUGUAAUUUAUUGAGCUGUAGCCACGUUGUAGUUUAAAAGAAAUGAUACCCAGAGAGCACCAGCUGCUUCUCAUAAUCAGAGCAGAACUCAGCAUGGCUAUAUCCUCAUUUUACUGCUAUGUAAUAAAGUCCCUCCUACUCUCACGCUUGGUUACAUUUUAGAAUGCGGUUAUAAUGUAAAAUGGUUAUCUUUUUUUUUUUUAAUCUUUUAUUCGAUAUUUUGCACCAUGUAAGCACUUUUGUACAUUGAUGUUUUUUGUAUUUAAGAAUGACAAAACAUGGGAGAUGCUAGGUUUUUAUGACUUGCAGAGUGUUUCCAUGGCUUCAGUUCUAAUGUAUGCCGUUUUUGUAAUAAAAAAGGACUGUUAACGA